CGCAGCCGUAAUAUGAUCACCAAUGUCAAUAAAACAGUUUAUGUGGUUGUUUUAUUAUGUGAUUAUGUCGUUGUAUGACAAGAAUUAGUUUUGCUUGUGAUAUCAAUCCAAGUUGGAAUUGGAAAAGAUCUCUGGCUUUGCAACAAAAGCAGAUAUGUCAAUUUCUUUGUCCGCAGAAAAUGAUCCUGAUGAAAAGUUCUUCGAGAGCUAUUUAAACGGAAUUACUAAAUUCCUGAAUAAACACAAAGAUUUAGGGCGAGACCGGCAAUAUAUAAGGGGAACACCGAUGUAUAACAAAAAUGAAAUGUGUGGAUUAAAGGAAGCAUUAGAACGUAUACUUGUGGAAUUGGAUAACUGGCAUGCAGCAUUAUUAAAAGACAAGGCAAAGAACAUUUCCAGUGAAUUAAUAUGCAAGGCGUAUGACGCCAUCAUGUUGGCGGCUUCUCUUGUUAGCAAAAUAACCUCGCUUCUUGAACAAAAGUAACACAUAUCCAGUAUUACUUAAGGGUUAUAUUUUUACGAAUAUGUAUUUGAAAAUGCGUAGAUAAUAAAUACUAGCGGUUCUUUUAUUAAAUUUAAAAACUAACAGCUUAUUCCGUUCCGUUCCGAGUUUUCAUUUAGGCAAUAAAAACAGUUUUUUUCAUGAAAUCCUGUGUACUACAACUUUUUCUCAAUGAGAAGUAGAGACAGGAAAAUGUUCGUUCUAGCGCAGUCGACGACGACGACAAGGGGAAUUCCCUGAAUUUCCGAAAUCCCAAUUCCGAUAUAAUCCGACAAUUCCGGAAAUACCGAUAAAAUCCAACGCAUGCGCAAUAGCGACUAACGGGAAUAAUGCUGACAUCAACAAAAAAUACAGAUUGCGCAAAUGAGUAGGUAAAUUGCCUUACUCAAAAUACGACCUCGCUAGAAAUUUUGUUGAUUGAAAUCAAAAAUCUAUAAAUAAAUAUGAAUACACAUACUGUCAAACAGUUACAAGCUAUCGCGAAAACCCGUGGGCUUACGGGCUAUUCAAAGCUACGCAAAGUCGACCUUAUUAAUUUUUUAUAGGCACACCCAAGACCUGUUCCUGCGCCAGAACCAAGGCCACAAACAUUUACACCAGAUGCCUUGGAUAUAUUCGAGAGUCAAGAGAUGGCAAAAACCCGUCCAAUUAAGAGCAAGAUUGAACCUCGACUCCCCACACCCGAAGCCAUGAAUAUCUUCGAGCGCCAAGAGAUGACAAAGACACGUCCAGUAGUAAAGAGUAAACUGCGAGAGUGGUCUGACUGGCUUGUGAACUAUGUACCAGAGGGUAUUAGAAAGUUAGUGCAAGGUAUAUAUGCAUCAGCAAAAAAUCGCAUCCUUGCUCUUUAUGAUGGGGCAAGAAAGACCCUGAUGGGUGAAGUUGAAGAAGAGGCAAAGGAGGAUCAUGCUGAAGAUAAGCAGCAACCGGAGCAAGAAUUCUCGCCCCAAGAACAUAAGCAUGGUCACCAUAGGACGUUCCGAAGUUUCCGCAUCCCUGGCAUAGACGGUACGGAUGUCGAUGGGUACUUGGGGAUGGUGCGAUCACACGUGAAAACCCUGGUUGAGAAGCAGGUUAAAGACAUGGGGUCUGCUAAGGUGCAGUGUUCGCUCUGGAUUCUAUGGAAGAAACCAGUGGAGGGUACCAGCGUGGAUGAUACCAGCAAGUUUAUCGAAAUCAAUAAGGUUUUCCACAGCAACAUGACACCGGUCUUUCAGGGUAGCGUCGUGGAAGAGGUGCUAGACACGAUGCUGGCUCAGGUCAAAACGCAUGUGGAGAACCCGGCGCUGCCCAAUAGUGGCUUUACAAUCAGUUGAAUUAUGCACCUCGUCGUGGACUUCCACAAGCUCAAGCUGACGAGGGGUUCCUCGUAUAUCGAAGCACCCAAGUGGAUAGCCACUAAGAAGGUCAUCAUUAAUCCACAGAACAAGGACGAGGAGUGCUUUAAGUGGAGUAUCAUAGCUGCUCUACAUCAUGAGGAUAUAACCAGCGAUCCACAGAGAAUCAGCAAGCUCCGACCAUUUGCGGAUGAGUAUAAUUGGCAUGGAAUAGAGUUUCCCACGAGCAUCAAGGAGAUCUCCAAGUUUGAAAAGAACAACCCAGAUAUCGUCUUGUACGUGACAGGGAAGGCGAUAAAUAUCCUGCGUUGAUCGACACACGACGAACGCGAGAAACAGGUUAAUCUGCUACUCCUCACGGACGAACAAAAGAGUCAUUAUAUAGCCAUCAAAAAUCUCUCACGACUCCUGGGCAGCGAGACAUCAAAGAAUCAUGCAAAGAUGCACUUUUGUAUGAACUGUCUGCAAGCCCUUCCAACAAUCGAGUCGCGUGAUAAGCACUAUGCAUACUGCAUGGAUAAUGAAGCGGUCAAGAUUACGAUGCCAACCGAAAAGGAAAAGUGGCUAUAC